GCGCCGGAGGGAGAGGCGACCCGGGAGUCGUUGUGGGCCGCGGGCCGGACCGGGGUUGGGGCUGCGGGAGCCCGGGUCGGGCGGAAGUCUUGGCGGGCCGUUGGGAGGUCGCCGUGGCUGUUCGGUGUCCUCCCUGGCCGGACUUGGCGCUCCCGGGCGCCCGGAGCCUCCGGCACCGUGCUCACCCCGCUCCACCUCGCGUCUCCAGACUCCAAUUAGAGCACCCCGACGGCCAUGGAGGCUGAAGAGACGAUGGAAUGCCUUCAGGAGUUUCCUGAACAUCAUAAAAUGAUCUUGGACCGGUUGAAUGAACAACGGGAGCAGGACCGGUUUACAGACAUAACCCUGAUUGUCGACGGACACCAUUUUAAGGCCCACAAGGCUGUUUUGGCUGCCUGCAGUAAGUUCUUCUACAAAUUCUUUCAGGAGUUUACUCAAGAACCUUUGGUUGAAAUAGAAGGGGUCAGUAAAAUGGCUUUUCGUCACUUGAUUGAGUUCACGUACACAGCAAAACUAAUGAUACAAGGAGAAGAGGAAGCUAAUGAUGUGUGGAAAGCAGCAGAGUUUCUACAGAUGCUGGAAGCUAUUAAAGCCCUUGAAGUCCGGAACAAAGAAAAUUCGGCUCCCGUAGAGGAAAAUCCCACAGGGAAAAAUGAGGCAAAAAAAAGAAAGAUUGCAGAAACUUCGAAUGUUAUCACUGAAUCCUUGCCGUCUGCAGGAUCAGAGCCUGUGGAAAUUGAGGUGGAGAUUGCUGAAGGCACGAUUGAAGUAGAAGAUGAAAGCAUGGAGACCUUGGAGGAGGUUGCUUCCGCCAAGCAGUCUAUAAAGUACAUUCAGACAGGCUCCUCGGAUGACUCUGCGCUCGCACUGCUGGCAGACAUUACCAGCAAGUACCGCCAAGGUGAAGGCAAAGGACAGCUUAGUGAAGAGGACUGUGCGCCCGACCCCAUAAGCAAACAGGUAGAAGGCAUUGAAAUUGUGGAGCUUCAGCUGUCACAUGUGAAGGACUUGUUCCAUUGUGAGAAAUGUAACCGUUCCUUUAAAUUGUUUUACCAUUUUAAGGAACACAUGAAAUCACACUCCACUGAGAGUUUCAAGUGUGACAUAUGCAAUAAAAGGUAUCUCCGCGAGAGUGCUUGGAAGCAGCACCUAAACUGCUACCACCUCGAGGAAGGUGGGCUGAGUAAGAAGCAAAGAGCUGGGAAGAAAAUUCACAUUUGCCAGUACUGUGACAAACAGUUUGACCACUUUGGACACUUUAAAGAACACCUUCGAAAACAUACAGGUGAAAAACCUUUUGAAUGUUCAAACUGUCAUGAGCGGUUUGCUAGAAAUAGCACUCUCAAAUGUCACCUCACUGCAUGCCAAACUGGAGUAGGGGCAAAAAAGGGAAGGAAGAAGCUUUACGAAUGCCAGGUCUGUAACAGUGUGUUUAACAGCUGGGACCAGUUCAAAGAUCACUUGGUAAUACACACUGGAGAUAAACCCAACCAUUGUACUCUGUGUGACUUGUGGUUUAUGCAAGGAAAUGAAUUAAGGAGGCAUCUUAGUGACGCUCACAAUAUUUCAGAACGUAUUGUGACUGAAGAGGUCCUUUCAGUAGAAACACAUGUCCAGACUGAACCAGUGACGUCAAUGACGAUUAUAGAGCAAGUUGGGAAGGUGCAUGUAUUGCCACUGCUUCAGGUCCAGGUGGACUCAGCACAAGUCACUGUGGAACAGGUCCAUCCAGAUCUGCUCCAGGACAGCCAGGUGCACGAGUCACACAUCAGUGAGCUUCCAGAGCAGGUCCAGGUGAGCUACCUGGAAGUGGGUCGGAUUCAGACUGAAGAGGGGACUGAAGUGCACGUGGAAGAGCUGCACGUUGAACGGGUGAAUCAGAUGCCAGUUGAAGUACAAACUGAGCUUCUGGAAGCUGACUUGGAUCACAUGACCCCCGAAAUCAUGAGCCAAGAGGAGAGCGAGCCUAGCCAUGCAGAUGCUGCUGAGGCUGCCAUGGAAGAUCACGAAGAUGACGAGGGGUUAGAGACCAAACCAAGAGAGUAUUCCCAAGCUGGAGAAGCAGAGAAUGACAGAACAUCUAUGCCGGUUUUAGAAUGAAAUAACAAUUAUAUCUUUAAAUUUACAUUUGGGGUAAACUGAUGGGCAGUGUGACCUUAAGCUAUCAGAUAAGUGGACCAAAGUUAAAACUACUUCCUGUUGUGCUGAACUGUUUCUAUGGAAACAGACUGAUGUCCUUCCUUCCAGUUAAUGCCACAGAGUGGGAAUAUUUCUCAUAAUGAGUGAGAGCUUUGAGAAGUAUAUUUCUGGUAACUUAAAUGAAUUAUAUUCUUAUUAUAUAGUUGGGUACGAAUGCAUCUAUUUUCAUUGUGGUCAGGGUCUCCGUAUUCUCUUCCCCAGGUCAUCUCCUUCCUUAAAUUCUUUGCAUAUUAUAAAAUCAUAUAAACCAUUAGAAUACGUAUUUGUAUUCUAAUGCAUGUUAGGAAACUGAGUAUGUAGGUACCACAAGGCUGCAUGCGGGAAGUGCAUUGUUACUGUGCAGUUCACAUUUGGGGGUCUGGCUGGCUUUAUUUUGAACAACAUUCAUGUCUAUCCAGUGGUUACAAAUGCUGUCUCCGAAACAGAAACAGUGGUGGCAGAAUUUCUAGGAUGUUAAAAAAGGAAGAAAAAAAAACACCCUUGUGCCUUUUCAAAACCAACAAAACUUCAGUAAAACAUCUCUGGUUCUUUCAAAGUUUGUGUUUUAAGGAACAUUGUAAACUGCUCUGGGACUUGAAAUUUUUGCUUAUAAUGACAACUACCAGUUCUUUUUCCUUUAAGUUACAUUGAAAAUUUUUCAUUUAACGGCAGCUGAAGGGCCAUUUUCAAUUGGAAAAAUUCAUUUGCAUCUGUGGUAAACUUUAUUUUGAUGAGAAGUUGCACUAGUAUUUUACCACUAGAUGAAAAAAACUAGAUGAGCAUCAUUUUAAAAUUAAUGUAUUUAAAAUAAAGUACAGAGGAAAGUAUGUA